CGUCAUUUUAAUUCGUUUGUUGCUGCGAUAUUCAGCAGAGAACAACAUUCCUUUCCUAUUCUAAUAUAUUUUGCUGCUAUUUAACAACCAUUCAUAGCUGUACAGCAAAAGCACAUUAUUGGAUUAUAUAUGCAGCGAUGCCUGACACAGCGGUUUCAAGUAAUAGAAGUAGCAUUAUGAUGGAUCCAUCUGAGGAUUUCACGGGACAGUUUAUGUUGGAGAAUCAAGAUGCCAUCAAUACACAUAUCCAACGACAUCGUUGGGAACUUUUUUUCCGGCCAGAGUACACAUUUGAGUCUUAUAUGCACGGCUCAACAAAGCCUUUGGCUAAUACGGCUCGCCAUCAGCGCAAUAUGGAUUGUUUGGUUAAUGGUGCAAGGUUGUCCUCCUUGCCGCCUUCACAGCAAAACCUCGAAUCUAAAAUGAAUGCGCCCCGCAGCAGACCAUCACCUUAUAAUUUAAGUAGUCGACCAAGUUUUGACGGCACCGCUUCAUUUAGUACAGCUUCUUCUUCACUACCAACUACAGAAGCAGGCAUACCAACGUUACCAAAUUUGGCUGUCAAUUCUGCUUUUCUGAACAGCAGCAGCGGGAACUGUUCUUCUUCUACAAUGACAAGCUCAGAAUGCGAUAAAGCCUUUGUUAGAGAACGAUUAGAGUUGCUGAAAAAAGUUAGAAUGCAAGGAAAAGAUAAUGAUAAUAGAAAGAGGAAUAGUUUAACGGCUUCUGACGAAGAGCGACCAUGCAUUCUCGCUGACGAAAUGAAUAAUCGUAGACAGAGUUUUAUUUUUGAUACCACAGCACGAUGGAAACAGCAAUUCACAAUAGCAGCAAAACAAAUACGAAGCGAAGUAGGGAAAGGUGAUGACUCAAUAAGCGCCAUCUCAGAUAAGGGAACGAUCAAUAAGUUGGAAAAAAGCGAACAGCAAUUGACAGAAAUGAGAGGAGCGGACGAAAAAAUGCUGCAUUCAAAGAGUAACAGUUGCUUAUCAAUUUAUUGCCGCCGUCCUUCUUUAAUCUGUUUUAUACUAGGCUUUUUUUGCCCAUUAUUCUGGUUAUUUGGAGCUAUACAUUUCUCUUCUUGUGCAAAUAGACAGAAUGCUGCUAAUAGACGAAUGGAUCAUGUUUGGAGACGUAGAUCACGCACUGCGUUUAUUCUCACAAUGAUAGGUCUCAUGGUCGCACUUAUAGUUAUUUUUGUAUUGAAGCCCGAGACAGUGGGCUACAGACAGAGUCGCUCGCAAAAUGAUACCGACUAAAAAUUAUAAACGUGAUGCUUAUAUCACUGACAAGACAAUACAUUAUUUUGAAUAUAAUUU